UCACACUGGCUAGAUGUCCCAAAUUGAUUUUUGAAAUUUUUAAAUAAUAAAUAUAAGAGCAAGUGCAGUGGAUCGAAUGAAAUAAAUCACCAUUAUUGAGAACCACGCUUGAAGUAAGCAUGGGAGCGAGCAGCAAAUGUGAAGGAGGAAUCGAAAAUUAGAACUACAGACAGACCUUUCCAACCAUAACUAUUUAAAUCGGGGACGACUCUAAAAACCAUCACAAUGGAUAUAAUGGAGCCACCAAAAGUCAAUAACAACAUGAACAAAGUGUCCCCCGUUGACAAGAUGAGCUCCAGCAUCAACAGCACACUGGAAGACACAACGCCCAGCGAUUCAGGGGUGCAGUUGCUCGAUUCCGAGAACAGUGAUGUGAUGCUGGAGUCCAUGUGCUCCUAUGAGGAGAGCUCGAGACCCAUUAAAGUCACUUCACCACAAUUACCUUCAAUAGACCCUAACUCCAAUGUGGCACCGGCUGAGUCCAUGAUGACUAGUGACUGUUCGACCUUUGACACCACUGAGAAAAUUGUGUACAGGCGAAAGGUUCACAAGACUUCAUCCACAUCAAAAGCCCCGAAAAAGCGCGUAUCCUUUCACGAGGAUAUUCUGAAAAACACUCGCACCGACAAUAUUCACAUAGAACAUGGCUUUAUAACGUACAAAAAUGGCCGCAAGCUGACCUUUGCGAACUCUGCGGGUGUGGCCGGAGCACCCGGCCGGUAUUCCUGGUGCCCGGAACGAGAUCGUUUCGAGGGACCCAAUGAGAUCUCUGCAGCUGGCAGAGACGAUGAUGAUGGCGAAGAUGCUAUGGCUGGUGGUGGCAGAGGUGGCAAGCGACAUUUGGUGUAUAGAAAUGCCUGCUCGGAUGUGCUAGACUAUGUCAACACGGACAUGUUCGAUACGAAUGAGCCUGUUGGCCUGCAGUACGACGCUUCGGGUGUGUUCGAAUAUACCCCGUCUGCACAGAAACAGGCAGAGCCUGUCCUAUAUAAUUGCGUUUGCAGCAGCUCCAACUCCAGCCUGGAUUCGGAUGAACAGGACAAGAACUCCAACUCGAAUCGAAAGCAAUACGAGCAGGCCAAGAGCAGCUCUUGUGAUUGCAUUGGCAUGAGUAAUGUAAACAAUAAUUUAAUUGGUGACAACUGCUACUACUCGGAGCCCAAUAUUGGCGAUGUCGACGGUCCCGCAAUGAAAUCAGUUUGGAACAAGGAGAAAAAGCCAAAGUCCAGCUGCCUUAAGAAAACAAAACGUCAGACGAACAUCAUUCUGGAACAAGAUCUCAAUGGCCGUGUCAAGACCUUUAAUGUGCACGACAUUAAGCAUCAACUACUAGACAACAGCAGCAAAAUGAUCUUUGGAUCAUUGAAAAGUAUUUUCACGAUGCCCCUGCCAGAGCGAGGGGUGCCCGAAGGCUCUGAGGACCUUCAGGCGGUGGUAGAGUGCGUGCCAGAGCUGGAGCACACUCUGGAGACGAAAGCAAAUCGUCCACAGGAGUCCCUAACGCUCAAACCCAAGCCAUUCCUGAGCAAAAGUCUCGAUGGCAAUAAGCAGACACAGUCGGUUAAGAAAUUUGUGCACAACGUAGAUGAGCAGCUUCGGCACAAAAAUGAUGACAGCUCCGUGGAAGCCUCGCCCACGGAGACAAAACCCUCGCACACUUUGCAACGUCAGGAGGAAUUCGAUAAGGAAACAGCCGCCAUAAGCAGCAUUCCCAAUGAAUUCCGAAGCAAAUUUAUUAUCAACUGCGAAAGCACAGUCUUCGAGCACACUGGUGUGUCCUACGAGACUGGGCAACCGCAACCAGAAUUCUCCAACACAGACCAGCACUCCAGAGUAGCCAGUUUACUAGAGCAAAACACACCCAUUGCCGAGCCAGCAGCUAUUCAGUUAAAGAAGUCGUUCAUGGAUGCACCCAUUGCCAAAACGUUUAGCAAUUUCUUUCGCAGCCUUAAGGAAAGCACAAGUGCUGUGGGAACUCCAAUUGAAAAUCCAGAAGAAAAAGCAGCCGUAGAUGAUUGUGCUGCUUUAAAAAUGCCUAAGCCGCAACAACAGCAAGCGGCAUCCAGCUGCAAGCUGUACAGAAAUCACUCUUCAUCUACCUUAUCUGAACCGACAAGUUCCACCAACAACAGCAGCGGCCACCACAUCAAUCAACAAGCUAAUAAUACAGAUAGCCAUUCGCGUCAUCUGUCCUCUCCUCUGAAGAAGUAUGGCCAGCCAAUGCAACCAACUCGAUACUACGACCAGCAGCUGCUCCACAGUCGUAGCCUUCACAGCCCCAACAGCUAUCUGGCUGCUCCCGGGGGUGGCUGUGGGGGUCCUGGCGGAAGCGGACGCGACUCAAAAAGCACCAUCCUAAGCGAGGAAUACGAUGAUUUACUCACAAUAACCACCACAGAUACGACCAAUGAUAAGCGUUCCAUGGACAGCGAUCUGCUCAUCAUUGACUACACCGAUGUGGACUAUGCUCACCUUCUGAAACCUCCAGCACCUGCAGCCAAAACCUCAUUAAUCAAUCGAUUCCUACGAAAUGUCACCCAAAAGAAAAUACUAGAAUCCUCCAUUCGGAAGAACAAUUUCUUCGCGGAUAAACUACGAAACGAACAGAGGCUCUAUGUCAAGGGGGCUCGACCCAAGAACUAUGAGCUAAUAGACGACCUCAAUGCGGAAAUCGCAAUGGAGAUUGAAAUGUGUGGAACGAGCUCCCCUCGCCGAGAGCUGGCUGUAAGCCUUGAUACGGAUACGCCAGAGUGUGUAUCCAGCUUUGAGCUUGGCAUUGGAGAAAUAUCAAUUGAAUUGUUUCAUGGAAAAAGUCUGCUGAAUUUACGAGAUUCCAAGGAUCAGCUUUUAAAGGUGUUCAAGCUCUAUACUGGUUACAGCACCGAGGGCGUUAUGACCCCAGUCUUGGUUUUACUUACUGACAGGACACUAUAUGUUGCAGAUCUGGAUCGGGACAGCCUGUGCGCCAAGUUCGUUUUGGCCUACAAAGACUUAGAUGUAAUUUUGAUGGGUCCCUUCGGCAAUACUGUUCUUCUGAGUAACAGCAUGCGGGACAUGCAGCAAGUUUUACUGUCAGGUGGACCAUAUCCAGCCGGAUCCCUUGUUGCCAAUUUGGAGCUUUGUGCCAGACGCAGCGGCGCCACUCUACCGGCUGUGGGUCAACUGACAUUAGAGCACUUGGCCCCGCUGCAGGCUUUUGUUCGAGCCAACAGUUGUGUGGGUCGGGAUGAACGCUGGCUAUUCUAUGCCGUUGUCAAUGUUCCAGCUGUCGAUUCAUUCAGAGCAGACUCACCUGGUGAGCCACUGGGACCAUCCAUUAGAGGGUUCCUCAUGCAUCGACGGCUUAAGGAAACAGCAACCACGACAGCUGCGAGCAGGGUGCACUGGCAAGCGGGAUACUUUUUAUUGAAAGCCGGCGUCUUGUAUAUGUUUAAUGACUCCACCCAGAAUCUUCCCAGUUGGGCCAUGGCUCUUGCCGAAUGUCAAGGUGCCCGACGGACACUAAAGUCCGAGCGGCCUCAUUGCUUUGAGAUUAUGUUAAAAGGUGAACUCCUGCAAAUGGCCGCACCAGAUGAGUACGUCGCGUCCGAAUGGCUGCAAGCCCUUCUACAGUCGGCUACUGGACAUUUGAAACCGCAAGAGAAACACAAAACAUUGGGCUGCACUAUGAUCGUUACGGAAAAUCACUUGAUAACCUUGCGGGAAGAUUUUUCGUCACCAUUGAGGCCACUCAACCAUCAUGUGGAUACUAACGUAGUUCCACAAACCAAACAACUCUUAUGUGAAGAAGAGCUAUUGAGUGUAUUUGAAACGGGUAGCCUAAUGGGCUCUACAAUGAGUACGCCGACUCGGGGCACUCAAAGAUCUUUCUCUUCUUUAAGCUCCACGCCUACGAAAAAUGGAAACGAUCCGGAAACACCUAAGGAAAAUUCGUCCCCUCCUGGAAAAUCACAGCGAAUGAGUAGUGUCUAUGGAAAGAACUCUGGUCUGGCAAUACUUACUUGUGGGGAAAUUAAAGCCAUGACUGGUAUUAAGAUAACAUCUCGUACCGAGACCUGGUGGUGCAUACUGGAGUUCUCGUGUCAAGAGGCGCCCUUGGAAAGUCUCGAUGAUUUGGUUAUCUUUUUUGCCAGCAGCAUGGAAAUGCAAUGCUUUUUGCGAUUACUGGAACAGUUGUGGCAGGCCAAGAAUAACGAUCUAUUUCCAAUAACAAUACUGGACGACGGUGACGAUUUAGCCGAGCAGUGUACCCUUCUUUAUAUAGAGACCAAUCGAGCAUGGGAGCCUCUGCUAUCGGCUGCAAUGGGUUAAGGCGCUUAGUGCUCAAGCUUAUAUAUCCUCCAUUUACAAACCCAUACACAAUUUAUUUCCAUGAAUAAUUAUGUCUAAAGUGUUAAAAAUACUAUCCAGAAUACUCAAACUAACUAAAAAACAAUAGUAUUUAUAUGCGAACGUAGUCGAUAUUAUAUAUUACAUUUGUAUUUUCAAUUUUGUAUUGCCUGCUGCCUUCACUUAACUCAUUUCAUUGAUUUGCGCUGUUGUUAUACCUACAUUGUAUGUAUAUUUUUGUGAUAUUAAACGUAAACCUUUCUAAUCAUUUUCUUAGGUUGUAUUUCAGUUAUAUUUAUUUUUAAAAUUAAAUAC